AUGACAAGUUAUCCCAACAGGCAAUCUUCAACCUACUCGAACCUGGGGAAGGCUGAACACGCCAUCGAUGGGAACAGCGACCCUGAGUGGAAGCACUACAGCUGCAGCUCUACCGCCUAUGAGACUAAACCAUGGUGGAGGCUAGAGCUGCCCGGUGUGUACCGGGUGUCAGAGAUCCAGGUCACUAAUAGGAAUGCCAAAAGGAAGAGGCUCAACAGCGUUGAAAUAUUCAUAGGGAAUUCACUUGUGAACAACGGCAAUGACAAUCCAAGGUGUGCCAUCAUCAACGAUGACCCAGGCUGCUUGACUCAGACUGUCAAGUGUUGGGGCAUGGCAGGAAGGUUCAUCAACUUAUACCGGUCCUUUGAUGUAGCAGACGCUUUGACGUUUUGUGAGGUCAAAGUGUAUGGAGAGCCUGCUGCACCCUCCAUGAGCAUUCAGAAGAUGGGGAGGAACAUUACAAUAGUGGGGACGCGGCUUUGCUGGUCAGAUGCCCUGCUCUACUGCAGAGACUCUCACUGGGACCUGCUGAGCCUCAUAGGCCCAGAAGACCAGGAGAUGAUUGAUGAGCUGGUGGCUCGCGCAACCUUCCCACUAACCAGCCAACUCUGGGUGGGCCUGCGCAGGUCUCCAUCAGGAAGCUCCUGGUUUUGGAUGUCCGGUGACCCAAUGGACUUCACCCGAUGGGACGAGGGCUCACACCAUUCCAGCCUCUGUGGGGGCACGUCCAGCCAGAUGCCGUACUUCCCCCCACCGCCCGACACAGGCCGGGGACACAUCCGGCCCCCAACUCAUUCCCCCCCCCCGGAACGGGAGAGGAAGUCUGCUACGGCCAUCGGUGCUCCACGCCUGUGCAAAACCCGGAAGUUGAAGGGUUGCAACGCAAGGUACCACCGGGUAUCCUCGCGUUGA